AUGGCGGAGCCCGGCGGGGCCGAAACCUUCGCCGAGCGACCGUCCACGCCGAGCAACAGCAGCCUCAGCAGCAUGGCGGACAAGAACAGCACAUUGAAAUGCACUUUCUCUGCUCCGGGCCAUAGUGUUACCCUCCUGCACGGCCUGGCUUCUCUGCGGGCUCAGGCCCAGUUGCUGGAUGUCAUCCUCACCAUCAACAAUGAGGUCUUUCAGGUGCACAAAGUUGUUUUGGCGGCCUGCAGUGACUACUUCAGCCACGUAUGCUUCAGCGGCAGCCUGGAACAGCAAACGAGAACUUUGCAUUAAAUACAUAAAACCAAUGAAUUGCAGCUUUUCAGAAGAAGCUUGAAUGUGUAUGCUUAGGAGUUUCACAUCUUGCUGAUCAGGUUUGUUUUCGUGUUAUGGAACAUGAACUUUGGAGCAUUUUCCAAGUGUGGAAUAAAAA